GGAUGGGCGUACCUCUCGACAAAACCAAUACAGAUGAUGGCGCAGAUGUAAAUGCUCUAGGCCGUCCUGUGGUCGACUCACGUGGGGAAGGUGGAAAAGCUGAGUAUCGUGCUGCGGAAGAGGAUAGGGAUAUGGUAGGCGAGAAAGGAAAUGAUUAUUCUCUUUCUGCCCAUUCGGUGAAGAAACGGCCACAAGACAAAAAGAGAAGGAAAAACGAUACGCAGAGAAAAAAAGCUGCACGAUUACGAGAUGCAGGGACAGGACAGAAUUUACAAGAUGUUGACCAAAAAUUUUUUGGGGCUCACGGUGCAGCGUCUAGAUUAUUCAUGGGGCCGCGUCGAAGAAGCGCAGCGGCGGGGGAGGCGGAAGGAGCUGUUGCAGCAGAGGAACACGCAGAGGAAAGCGUCAGUGAAGCAGAUGAGGAGACGCCCACUGCUGAGUCGCACGAGGAAGCGGACAAUGACAGUGGGCGAGACCACCCUGAGCAUUCAUCCCCACUACGGCCUGGCCAUGAGGUAGAGCAGCCCUCGCCUCCGUCUCAAAAAACUAGUACCAGCGGCGAAAGGGAAGAGGAGAUGAAUGUUGCUGCAGAUGAAGAUAGAAUUCUCGACCAGGUGGAACAAACUGUCGGCGUUGGAAUAUCACCAGUGAAUAAAGAAAAAAACGCGCUUAGUGUUCCUGUAGAGGAUGAAAAGAGGAAUGAUAAUCAAGAAAAUCAAGCGGCCCAAAAUGUUAUGUCUGCUCGAGACCACCACCACGCUGAAGAAGAUAGCAUUGGCAACAGAACUCCGGAAGAAACAGUGCCUCCGCCUCCAAGUAGGAAUGCUAACGGUGGAAAUAAUAUCAACGCACGAAUAUUAGACGUGGAGGAUGCUGUUCCGAAAAAGGCUAUUGCUACUGCAGACGAGAUAACAACCGGAUGGACGGGAAAAGGAGGCAUUGACACCUCGCUCCCCACGGCCACCUCAAGGCCGACUGCUCAAGAAGAUGCUCCAAGGGAGCCUUCCCAGGAAAAGCAAGCUCGCUCAUUGGCUAAUGGCACAAUACCUGGUCAAGGAAAAGCAGUGAAUGACGAGCCAUCAACUAUCGAUGCUAGUCGAAAGACUUCUCAGGGUCAAGGGCAAGGUGAAACGAACAAGAAUUUGCAAAAGCAGAAUCCAACAUCCGCUGCACAAAAGAGGACACGGAAAAAAAGACAUGCUAUGACACCUGAAAGAGAAAAAGCGAUGAGAAUGAGGCAAGAAGGCUGGAGGACUACACUUAAGGCAACCGCAAAUGGAUUCUCAUCAAUGUCAUCCUUGGCAAUUACAGCACUUUUUGUUUUCCUAGUACAUGAAGAAAAUGAAAGAAACUUUAUUGUAUUGCGUUGGUUUUGCACCUGACAAAUAACCGAUGUAGAAGAACUUAACUCUAGUACAUUUUCCACUUGAAAACGGAUAAAAGAACAGUAUCGGAUACCACGCACCCGCGAGGCAUAUUCUCUUCGGUACCUCUAAAAUCUGAGGUGGAUUGGAUAAAGCUGAGUCUGUAUUGCUUGACAUAACAAGGAAGCCUUCUGAUCUAUCAGACGAAACUGGUGGCAAUAUGAGAAUUAAGAGCAGGCGCAGCCGCAUUGGAAAUCAUUUCAAUUUUGCAGGAAGAAGACAUACAAAAUCAUUUCUAUUUCCACUUCUAGGAUAUGCAUAUGGAAAACAAGGACACAGUGUAUCUCUGUCUCUUGGUUUUCCUUUUCUUGUUGGAGGGUUCUUCUUGAAAACCUAUACCCCACCAACCGUCAAGAACCCCGAAAAAUGCCCUCUGCCCUUCCUAUUUUUUGUACCUCUAAGAAAAGUAUUACACCGAAUAAAGCAACAGAAUCAGAAGCUGGAGGUGACGAGGACGCCCCACCAUGGGUCGGCCUCGGUUACAUAGAUUCAUCAGAUUCAGAAAGUAGUCGAGGUGACGACAUAAUCCGAUCGUCAGGACAUCCUCGAAGCGAUCAUGACCCUCUGCGUGGCGACGCUCAUGAUCAAGUGGGUCCUGCGCGGAAGAGAACUUUAUACCAUCCCGAGGACGAGGUCGAGGAAGAUUUUGACAUCAACGCCAUGCCGCAAGAUAUGCAUAUGCCAGACCAUGCUGCGACUUUUACGGCUCCACAUGAUAGAGUUUGGAUACUUAGACGAAGAUCUAUAUUAGACAGACAUGGUGCAGCUACACACGCGAUUGCUCUGCCUGCUUGUACUAGUCCGUUUUUUUCUUGUUCUUUUAGUGCAAGCUCGUCAAGCGGAGCCUUUUCCUUUGAUUCUCCAAGUUUCAAAAACAGAGUACACUAACAAAUUUUAAAAAAUUUGCUUAGAAAUGUAUUCGGACGAUAGUUGUGGUAAGAAACGGACCUUGCUCGUGAAGCAGCUGGUGUGAUCUUCUAAUAAUACGCGUCAACCUGCGGAAAGGCCUGAAACUAGCACGGCUUUGUCGACAGAUACGAGGAGAGUAGAGAAGGCGAACGAGAACUACUCCCCCAGAAGGGACCGGCAGAGAGAGGACGUGCCGACUUCUUGGUUUUCUUCCUUGCCAUCACAGCACAGAGAAGACGCACCAACUUCCGAGUCGUCGCGGCUAUCCUCCACCUCUUCUUGGUUCUCUUCCUUGCCAUCUGUGUUCCCGGGACCGAUCUUUGCGGAGGCGCAGUUCACCAUAAUAACAACGACAACGCCACCACCAGGAACAUUAAGGCAACCAAGCGAGCAUCCUCAACAUCAUUCUUGGCCUUUUUUUCAAGGGAAAAGAAGUGUCCAGGGAUAUGGCUCGCAAGGAAGAUGCGACCCGGUAGCUCUAAGGACCGAAGUUCCGUGGCUCGUGUCGGGUCAGACCCGACCUUCGGUAUACGUGCCUCCCAGUAUUAUGGCUAAAAAUGUGUAAAAAUUAUCUCACUUCUUAUACGUCGAUAACGUGAAGAUUUGGGUUUUCUAGACCUCCGCCUCGUAUUUUCCUGAGUCAUCAUGUUCAAUUUGAAUUCUACUUCUCGUUCGUGGUUUUGAUUAGAAACCAAACAAGGGAACCACAACAAACUUGAACUACUGCAUGAGGCUCUACUUUACACUUGGGCACUUAACCUUGUGCAAGAAAUACAUAAAAUGUAAUCUUGUACGUACUAUGAUGAAAGAACACAAAUGACAAAAGUACUACAUACAGACACAAGUGUGUAAUUAUGAACACAGAUAUCUAGUACUAUGGAGUAGAUGGACUGUGUAAUAUACACAGCUAUCUAGUAUGGAGAAGUGGCUGGAAUUUACAUUACAAUUAUGGUUCACUACUCCGUCUACCAAUGUACUGGUCCUCCUUCUAAGAGUAAGGCGGUAGCAAUCUACGAGGGGAAUUACACCAUCGACACAAACGAUUUCACAGCCGUAAGAGGCAUGGUCAAAGACGACCUAAUUUUUGCGUUGCGCAAGUGGAUUGCAACAGAAGGCACGCCACCUGUGGAAACGUCGAUUAAGUUACGAGGAUCACGACUAUCCCUCUUCUUCGAUCAACCAUAAUAACUUUGACUUAGAUUAUAAUAUCGGUGGAGAGUAUCUUUACUACAACGAAGCCAUUUGUUCAUCUACUCCUCAGACAAGGGACGGGUGCAAUGGUCCUCAGUUUUCAGGGAAGCCUGCUAAUAGAUAGAGAAAGAGCAGCUCCAUGACAACAUGCGAACUAAAUAGAACGAAGUAAGUAGAACUACUAGAUGAAGUGGCUGUUUUCUGAAGUUUAACUGAAAACGGCUUAUAGGUGGUAUAGAGAUCAUGUGAAAACAAAGGUUUCUGAGUGGCAGUAGAACAUAUGCUAUUACUAGGUGGUGGACUCUUACUCAGCAGAGUGAGAAGUAACACUAGAGUACUAGUAGAAAUAUUAGUACUUCAGGUCGCGACAUUAGAAAUAGAAAUUAUACUAGGUGGUCCCUCCUCUCCUUCCUCGUUCAUCCGUGCUGCCUCGGGAAUAUGUGAACGAAACCGAUUUUACCUUGUUGUGGGAGAAUAACGACUGUAGUGCUAAGGGUAGUACCCCUUACAUAGAGCCUCCCGUGACGGUCGUGGAUAAUUCGAUCAGGUUUAUAUGACAGGAAAAAGUGUACUCAUACUCAAUAAAGUAGCUCGGAUUUGAGUAGGAAAGUAGCUACAGCUAGUUUUCUGAGGAUGAACACACUUUUUCCUGUCAUAGUUGGAUGCGACUCAAAUGCCGAUCAAUCCUGGAUGGAUUCCAAACCGGUGGCAGUAUCCUGAUACGAGCACGGUUCCAGCCACCGAAGAUCCUGCUCUCGAUGUGGCAGCUUCGCGCUUCACGUUCUUUAAGGAUGGUAGCACAGUGGUUCUUCUUUUCCAAAUACUAAUAUGAGGAAAUGGAAAACGUCGCCUUUUUUAGGUAGUUUAUAUACAAAAGUAGAAUAUAGGCAUAGGAUUAGGUUUAGCUUUACUAGGUUAUUCAUUUUUCAGUCUUUUCUCCACCUCCAGUCUACAACUAUCAUUUGUUCGUGAGUGGACGUGGAGUACGAUGUCUUUUAUCGAGUGAUGUAACGUCUGAGCAAUUAAUUCAAAGGAGGGUUGGAACAAUAGCUGUAGCGCAGAGUGCAGAAGAAGAUGAAAAAAGAAGAUUUGCACUGACGACCUUUUCGAUUGAGUCAGACCACCCAUCCAACGUCUUGCUUCCACUAGAUGAUCAUGAUUGUGAGACUUGUACCGCUAAGUACUGCGUAGACCAAUACGAAACCACGCUACGAUGGAUUAACGAUGUUCCCGCAACGCAUGCGAACGGAGACGAGUACUUAGACCCCAAACUGCCGAACGCACAAUGGAUACCACCAGGAAUUCACAUAACCGGGGAACGCGAUGCUACAAACACCUUUCUUUUAAUCACGGUACUUUACUUCGCUUCUAAAUUCUAAUGUUGAUUGUAAAUCACAGUCGUGCAGGUCUAUUUUUUUGGCAAAAUAAUUUAUUCGUUUUCGUAUUCGUAGUAGCUAGUACUGCUGCCAGAACUAGUAGUACCAGCAUAUAUUAUAUAUAAGUGGGACAAAAAUUAACAUAAACACAUUUUUGAUUUCAGUCACCUUGUUCGGCUCCUUGUUCAACAACAUGUUAUUUGUACUUGAUGUUAUGGUGCACCGACGUUUCUUUACCUUAUUUUUUAUGGACCAGCUUCAUACUGAUUCGACUCUUUAGUCUGGAUAUUCCCUGAAGAUCUGGUUUAUUUCCACCUUUGCGUGAUAUUACUACAUGUCAAGCAUCUUCAUCCCCUAUCUUCUACUUACGACAAUAAUUAGGGUACGGACCCCGUAGAGCCGGUGAAAGCAAGGAUGUGGAUCAUAGGGCAAACGUGGAUCUCCCUGUUGCAGCUCUUGGACAAGCGUCUGAAAUUUCCAAGACUUUUGACGACUUACGUUCCGGAAAUCAUCCCUGGGACGCCGGAUCCCACUGCUCUUCUGAGCGACGAUCUGUAUGUCAAGGCCUCGAACCUAAGGCUAGUACUUGUACCUUGGUGUUGCUGGGGGAAACUUGGAGUGAUGGGUCGUUCCUCGCUUCCAUAUCUAUCGAGAUUCGAGAAUAACUACAAUAAGAAUAAUUCUUAAAGCGAGUAGAGCCAGAGGAAAGCAAGCGAAUAAAGCGACCCACCUCCCAUGACCCUCCAGGAGUAGGCUCUAAGAAACGCCUACUUUAGCAUGGAAAUCGAGUGGAUGAAUCACAGAAACCCAAAUGUGGCUACAACUUUGGACAAGAUACCAGUUUGUCGGGACGCCCUGAUUCCCAAGAAAGGAUGUGGCCGCUUCCGAUUCACCUUCUACGACUACCCAUCGCACAUCACGGAUUACAAGCUGAACUACUUCUUACGGCAAUUUCUAGUAGAACUAGAACUGAAUCACAAGAACAAGAUCACAAGUUGUAGUACAGGACAACAUUCGAAUUCGAUCGAUAAGUUUAAAUAUGCUGAGUAUAAGGAUUUUGUCAGAUACGCUACCUCUACCUCUGCCGUACUCAAAUUCUUUCCUUGCAUAGUUUUUCUUUUUUGUUUUCCGUAGGAACAGAAGUUUGUUGUAUGAGUAUUGUCCCUCCUGUCCUCUAACUUCUAUAGUGCCUGUAGAUGUACUCAUCAUGUUCUUUCCUGUUGCUUUUAGUUUUUUGUGUUGCAUAUAUAAGAACAGAAACGAGAGUCAAUAAUACUUGCGACUAAAUAAAAAAGUGAAUAAAGUAUCCAGUUUCGUUCUCCCCUUUUCAUAAUCCAUCCGCACUCGGCGACUGGGAUGGCAGUCCGAAACGUCAGAGGGAGGCAGUACACCGCGUUACACGCUGACGCUAGGCGAGAGUAACUACACGUGGCUAGAGCCGCCGCCGACCGACAGUGGGGAUUUGUUAAGGCCCAUCAGAUCAUCUAUCACGACAAAGAAUAGUUCGAAGAAGAUCAACAAGAAGAAGAUGAACGUGGGAAAUUUUUAAAAAGAGUUAUCAUGUACAACUUCAACUUCUUGUGAACAUGAGCAGGAGUAUCUUGUACUUGUUGUAUUUGAGGAGUUCUAAUUUUGUGGACUGUGACCUAUUAUCCUCAAACAGACUGGCGAUACUUGACAGAUUGCAAGACGGGUAGCCCUUGCAGUUUUAUUCCGAUCGCGCCAUCGGGACGCUUCUUGCAUACCAUGACGGCGUACCGCACGUGGAGUCAUCAUGAAGCGUAUUUGAAGUAUGGCUUACGGUACUCCAGUUCCUUGAGGACAGUAGACGAGGUUGAGUAGGAUUUGGAUCUCCUGCAUCAUACAGAUGCAUAGGCUUUAUAGUUACUAAACUUACUACUUGAGAUUCAGUUGAAGUUGAUGUUUUCAAUGCCAAAAUUGCCUAAUAGAGGCCCGCUCUUGAAUGAUGCGUAUGUGUACCAUAAAAAAGUAGAUGCUUGCCCUUUGUUGAGUUUGUGUUUGAUGUGUAGCUGCUCCUUCUUGAUGCUGGUUUAGAUGGCAUGCGCUGCAGGUGCACGUGUAUUUCUUAUUCCUCUCUCAUUUCUCUCUUUGCGCUGGUGAGCCAUUGCAGUCGCCGGAAAUGUGCAUCGAUGACAAGAAUGUUUGCCACUACAAUCUCACAUGUCUUGGCGGUGUGGACGCCUAUUUUGCGCGUCAGGAUGUGCGAGGUAACUACUAUUACCGUAGUGCAUUUUUCAUCGACGCUGAUGACGGCUUAUUCGAGCCGCUGUUGGAAAACACGCACCAAACGUGCCCACCAAGUUGCUGCAAGGAGUAAGGCUAAAUGCAAUUCAUUUUUACUCGAAACGUUUCCUGCUGUUUUCUUCUUAGCAUCGCAAGAAAUGCACGCAAGAAGUGAGUCUUGUUAUGAGCUCUAAAAGAAACGACGCAUGUGCAUGCGCACUCACGAUGUCACUGGCAGCGAGGUGCCCUUCGAUAGGACCAUGCUUUUGGUCUUCGGAGGACGAACCUACGUUCACGAUUACACGUUCCCGAAAUUUGGAGAAUACAAAAGAGGUAAGCAAGAGCAAAACCACAAUUGUCUUCAGCAUUCUUCCACCAUGGCACCACUGCUCUAACUCUUCUAUCUCUUGUACUUGUUGUUUGGAACUUAUUCUUAGUCUGUAACAUUAGAGUGCCAAUGCUUGUUGAGGUUCGCGUAAGUAUAAAAUAUCUCUAUCAUGAUCAUGAUCAGGGUCCAGCAUCGUCUUUUUCUUCCUAGUCUGGGGUUUUUAUCCUCCUCUCUUCAGGUAUCAUUCAAGACACGGAUCCAAAAGUACCGGGAAUACAGUCAGAACUGAUUUGGCACGAGUGCGAGUUCAUGGACAAGAGUGCUUUUGACUUGGUGACGGGUUUUAGGGAGCUCAGGUCGUGUUUGGAACUCGCGACGGAUGAACUUUGGCGGUAUUAAAACACCAGCAUUCUUAUUCUAUUUCUAUCCUAGUGUGUGUGAUUCCUUAUUUUGUUUUUGAACGUGGUGUGCCGGACCGGUUCUUUGCCUUUGCGCCUGUUCUUGUUCUUGAUCUUUGCGGCAGACCUACUUGUUUUUUUUUUGUAUUUGUAACGUCGACCAACAUAAUGACAGCUAUCUUAAAUAAUCAAGUUCAAGUGCCAGAUUUUCUACGACUAUUUCAUGCAUUAGGAUAGAAAUAAGAAAUUUACAUUUCAGACUAUCGCUCCAACUCCUGCCUCACCAGGUAUGACACUGUCGUGAACCAGUGGCAGUUUAUGAAGUUUGACACGUCGCAGUCUGACACCAGUACAGAUAUGGUCGGCACACCCAAAGCCCGCUAUGCCCAUGCAGCGCAAUUGAUCAUCUACACGCGCGCCUCCGAUCCAGAUAACGUGCGUCGCCAUUAAGCCCUGAGAAAAUCCACCUUCACCAACAUCGACCUUCGCGUCCUGGUGUUCACCGAGCUCGUCCCUUGGUAUUCCUCCUGGUGUUUAUGAAUGGAACAACAAGACAGGGGCACCAAGGAAGAUGCUAAGGACCUAGAUGGAUUUAGUGUCAAGGUCUAACGUCCGUACAUGUACAUUUUCGGUGGAGCCGCGAUGCAGUGUCGAUUCGGUCUUUGCGAUGACCUGUGGAGGUACGAGAUUCCCUGGGCAUCGAUGGCCUACUAUUAAGGCUUGGAAGUUGACCUAUCUAGGGGCAUAUCUAUGACCUUUUUUUCAAGGGGAAAAAGGAUAGACAGGUCCACUUUCAACCCCUAAUAAUACCCACAGUUUCCGGCACGACCGUGGCAGCAAGGCAAUCAGUGGUUUUUGCGGUCGAAAGCGAAUAAACUUUGCGUACCGCAAGGAAACUACUGUGGACGCUUUCGGCAUAGUACUACAAAUAUUUUGUCUUAUCCUUGCAGCAACAAUUGACGCAAUGGUCUUCUAUCUAUCUGUCUGUCCAUUCAUCUAUCUACCUGCCUCUGCGCGAAGUAUUUUUUGACGAACAAGAACCACUAUAUGAAGACUUUUUACUAACGAAACUAAAUAGAAGAGGGAUCAACUACCAUAAGCGUGAUUAGUAGUUUUCUUUUAGAAUGUGAAUGGUACAGCUACAGAUCUCCAGUGUCUUGUCCUGUUUUGGUUUUCUACGUGACAAAAUACAGAGGUUUGCAUCCUCCAUUGCGUACUUGUUCCAUCGAAAAAUAUCAUCCAACUUUUACUCAAUCACAACAUCACCAUCUUCAAUCUCCAUCUCUACCUCUAUCACCACCACAACCACCACCUCCACCAGGCAUGGUCGCGUCCUACGAUAAUCAGUUUUUGUUUGUUUUCGGAGGGCAAGGCAUCGGACGAUGGGAAACGAGCCUGUUCCGUUAUCGUGUUUUCACUGAUAUGUGGGAAAAUCUGGACCCCGAUGGCAUCAAGAGCAUUACUAGAUUCGCAAUUGACUACAAUUAAGGCUUACUCUUAUUCAUCUUAAGAUGCAUCUUGGAAGGGUUUUCUAAGGGAAAACGGCUACCAAGAUGCUCCUGAGGACGAAUAUCGGUAAGGUCUAACGCAACAACAUUUUCUCUCCAGAAACGCUUGAUGCGUCACACUAUGACCCAGAAAUCGACGAGAACAUUCCGCCGAAUAGCAUCAUCAGACAGCUGUGCAACUUAUGACGGGUCAGAAAAUUAUAUCCUCGUUCUUGUAGCAAUAGCAUCUUCUAUACCCCAUGAUAGAUUGGGUACACUAUGAGGACUACUACGACUAGGACUACUACUUGUAACAUUUUUUAUCUGCAUGAUCGUCAUCGACUCUCGCCCUUCUAGUAGUAAAAAAACAGAGAUGAUUGGUGGAGAUGUUGGAAGGGGGGCUGCUUUCUUGAACAAGGAUGUGAUGAUGUCGUAACCUGCUAAGAAAUGCGUGUGGAGCAGUGAAGGCAAAGCGAACGGACGGAGGCAACUCGCCGAAGGGAAGGGGCGACUUGCAGAUGCAGUUCUUUAGGAGGGACUAUCCUUUGAUGAUUUUCGGUGGCUUUUCUACAGAAUGGAGCUAUCUGCAUCCCUUACCGCAAUUCACUGGAGAAUCCUACACUAGGGUAAAGCCACUUUCAUCUUUCAUGCUGAUGUCGUUUUCAAGUUUUCAAACACCAUACGACCUGAAUUAGUUUUCUUCAUCUUUAUGAUGGGCUAGUACAAUGCUAAAAAGAUGAAGUCCUCCAUCGACGAGUACUCAGUUUCUCUUGCCCCGCCAAACACAGAACGCUUCCGCGGUGAUGCGAACGUAUGACUUCGAGUCGAUUGAUCCCGACUUCGAGCGCAACCGUUAUUACUACGAUGAUACUUGGAUUUACAACCAGAAAGCCAAUCUUUGGGUAAAGCAUUACUACAAGGAGGGCACCUACGAACGACCUAAGGCGCGAAAGGGCCACACGAUGGUUAUUCGGCGACAGACGACCGGAGAUGCGCAUUAUGAAAAUACAGAAUGAGAGAGAAGUUUAAAGUGAAUAAAAACGCAUAAUUUAUAUUUAAUAUUUAGUAAGUCCCACGGACGUCGCGCUGCGCGCGCCGCUGGAGGCUAUUUUUGGAGGGAGAGGAGGAGGCGAGGGCAGCCGAGGAACGCCCGAGCGAAGGGAAGAAAAGACGAGAGCGGAGAACGAGACAAUGGAAGAGGCGCGGGAAGUGCCGAAGGGAGCCGCGGUCGCGGGAGGAAGGACAGAGGGGACGGAGAGCAAAGAGGCGCGAGGCGGAGUAGAACCGAAGGUGACAUCGGCGGGGCGCAGCCAGCCAGCUGGACCCUUAAGCGCCACGAGACAGACCCGGGCGGCCCGUUUGGUGGCGCUAAGGGCCCAGAAAAGGGCAAGGGGAACAAGGUGCCGCGCCGGGCUGCCGCUGCCACUUAGCGCAGCUAGGGGAAGACAUAGAGGCGCGGGACAGUCGCUACGGGGGCAGAGAUUCGCGCGCCGCUGAAAUCUCCGCGGAACACCCUGCGGAACAGCUGCGGAACUCCGCGACACACUGCGGAACACUCUGCGGAACAAGCUACGGAACAGCUGCCUGACACGCCACGGAACAGCCAGGAGCACGCAGGAGCAGCGCAGACGGCCGCUCGGGCUGAGACAUGCAGGAGGCAGCUGCGGGACAGCUAUGGAACACGCCUGGAGCGUUUUGCGCUGAGCCGUAGCCAACACCUUUGAGGGAGCACGUCUUGCAAGCAGAAGCAGAAGAAAAUGCAAUCGGUGACUUCUUUCUUCUAACCUAUGGCCAUUCUUUAUGGAGGCCAGCUGCAAGACGAGCCGCUGGGCGAUCUUUGGAGCUACGACGUGGAGCGGCCUCUCGAGGAUCGAAAGUGGCAGCGUCUAGACAAUACCUUUGAAGGAACGCGUCCAGCGAAGAUUGCCUUCCAUACUUCCGUGUGGGAUGAACCGAACAACGAAAUGCUCAUGUUUGGUGGGAUCACGUGGGUGAAGACCGACUUGAAUAACACGGACGAUAGGCGGGAUAGAGAUCGUCGAUGCUUCAAAUCUGCAAAGGAUUUGCCAACGACCUUUCAUGUUAUGAUUGGAUAAUGAUGAAGGUGACUGACUGCAGCAUCAGCUACUUCUCACUCGCGCUACUUCUCAAGCUCAAGCUUAGACUAAUGAACCAGGAGGGGUCUUUGACUUUGUAACCUCCACGACCUCAACGACCUCCACUUGCAACUCUCCAAAACAGUUCACGUCCCUCUUUCAUAUCCCAUCGCGACAUGAAGGAACAACACCCCCAGUUGACAGACUUGUUCGUCGUGAAAGGGGAUCCAGACAUCGCUGCAGAUUUAGUGCGGUCCGUGCAAUUAAAUUGCGACGAUCCUAAUCGUCAGCUGUGCUGUCCUCUGGCCAAUAACUUUCCACGACCCCAAACAGCAGACGAAGAGCUGCGAUGGAACAACUUUCCAGAUCCAAAGAACCCGUUAAUCUGUUAUGGCUGUCGACAUUUUUCUGAAUUUUGUCCUGCGAAGACCGAUGAUACGCUGUCUUUCUCACUUCUAGAGGUAGUGGUACUCGACACUUCGUUCUGUAGAUAGCGUCUAAGCCUAAGUACAAAAAAAGAUCAGAGACAGAGUAGACAUGACGACACAAUAAAAGUUUCUUUCGUACCUGUUCGUUCUAUUUUUCCACUCACACUUUUCUAAGGUGACGACACACCGGGACAGUUUACGGAGGAAAAUGGAUGCCGCAGACUAGUGCUGGCAGAUCGCGACGGCAAUAGUAUGGAGCGCAUCACUGCAUCGGCAAUCGACCAGAAUAAAGAAAGGGUUGAAGUCCAGUACGAUCUGAUCGUUCGUGACGGGCCAGCGAGAAACUAUCUCAACCUAACCGCGAUGCGAUUCCUCUGUUUAUGAUUUAUCUGUGUAUAAGCCUUGAUGGCCUUGUUGUUGCUCGCUGUGGUCGUGCGAGUAGACGUCACAAGAUGACUAUUUACAGUGGUAGUUGAUGUUGCCAACAUCGACAGGAACUGGAACAUCGAGAGCAUCGCAUCGUCUGUGUUUCGUCCGUGUUGUCGAGGUAAAGCUUACCACAUCUUAAAACUUCACCGUCGCCAGCUAUCAAUUUUUAUAGAAGAUUUUUUUUACCAUUACCACCCGAAUCAGAAUCUUCCGCACGUGAUGCGAGGAACAAAGUCUCCAUCAAAUAAGAACCGUAGUACAUACUUUGACUUUCCAGCAACAUAGACCCUCUCUCAGGUCAGGCCAAGGCCUGGCUUGCUCCCUUGUUCCCUUCACCUUUUCAUAUUUCAAGGGCAUCUGCGAUGUGAACGAAUUUACGCCUCUUUUUCGACCUAACAUGCAUCUGGGUGUUUGGCGGCUGAGGCCUGACGUCUGCCCCAACAACUGCAGCAACACCGCGACAGACCCACAUAGAUUAAGGCUAGUUUAUCACUAAUACAAAUACUAUGAUUAUCCAAUUCCAAUGUGGCUGUGCCUGUGGCAUAUGCUGAGUGGCGCUCCCCUUGAUUUAAUGGGGAAACUAAUACUAACACUAAGGGGUACGUAGUGUUGGUCGCGAAGCGUCUCAGGCUGUAUCUCACUCAACCAGGGAUAGUGAAAACCUAGUUCUAAACAGGGGCGUCUGCGAGUUUUCGCAUUGUAUCUGCGCAAACGGUUGGACAGGACCCGACUGCAGUGUACCACAAUGUCCAGGCUCGCCAUGUUACAGCGGUACUACUAUUACUAUUCAUAGUAGACGUAGAGCGUGUUUCUUGUCAUUGUGCUCUGUAUUGAAUGAUCCUUAGGCUUGGUAUUUGUAAAUGGAGGCUCGGGCUCCAGGGGGCAGGAGUGGGAUUACGUGCCGUUGCUCUCUUUCGUAAUUUAUUAAAGAUUCUGGUUCUGUUGGUGGUAGCCUGAAGUUCCCCUUCCUAAGUGACUCUCAGGGUCCAUCAGAGGUAUGAUUCAGAGACACCCAGGUGAUUCAGUCCAAGACCCACAAUGAAAUUCAUAUAAAAAAUGAAGAUGAUCAAGAUCAACAUAAUGGCACAAGUACAUUCUAUGGUGACCAUAGUAUGGUCUUCAGUUCCAUGACAUCCACAAACAUCAGAUCCAAACUCAAUGGAAUAUCAUUGCAUCGAAUGCAGCGGGAGAGGUCUUUGCGUCAGUGAGCGUGAUUCUAGUGGAGGUCUUCAGAGGCGGUGUCAGUGCCACACAGGCUGGGCAGGGGAGGAUUGUAGCAUGGCUUCCUGCUACAAAAACUGCAGCAGUACGCCAUUCGUGCAUCGCGGAUACUGUUGGAAUUUAUGGACCAAAUCUGAACUGGAGCUGAAGCGCAAUAUCCAUCAAGAGCGUCAGCUUCAACACAGAGAUGAGUCCUCUGAAUCAGUAAGUAAGUAAGUGAGUAAGUAAGUAUUAAGUAAGUAAGUUCGUCUUCCAUGAUUAAAGAGUCAGUCCUUGCCCUCUCUUGUCCGAUCGUAGAAGACGCACUAGAAAGCGUUUUCUUGUUGUUUCUUGUUGCAAGAGGUGCUUAUUCAGCUAUCCCUAGUCUCCUUUUGCCUCUGUGUUUUUUCUGGUUUCUUGAUUUCACUACUCAACCCCUCCUUCCCGGUUUUUUCUGAUAGUAAAUGAUGGACGACUUACGCUCAGGUAUUCUACCUCUAGAUGUUAAUCUUACAUUCCAGCACUGUUCUCUUCGCCUCAAAGUCUAUUAAUGACCACUCUACCCGGCAUCUCCUUUCAUACAUCGAGUAUCCUGCGGAGCAGUGCGUCUGUGCGCAAGGAUUCGAAGGCAGCCACUGCCAGAGAAAGCUGUGCGUAAACAAAUGCAGCGGCAACGGCGUCUGCGUCAAUGGUGAGUGCAUUUGUGACAUGUACUGGGUGGGUCCAGACUGCAGUGUCAUGACCUUCUCUCCCGCACGCAGUAAGGAGACGAGCGAUAGACUACCCCAGUAACAACGUGAUAUUUUAGAACAGAUACUCUGGUCAACGUCAAUUGCAAUAAGUCGCUAGUAGUACUACUAGCUGUGCUGCCUGUAGCCAUUCUAAGUAAUGGUAAUAAGGGUCCAUAGGGGUAUCGGUACGAGUACAGUAAUAGUAGGAGUUGAACAAGAAGUUCAAGUUCUAGCUGUUUUGAAACGAACAGAAAGAGAAAUAUUUUGUUGACGUAAACUGAUGUUGGUGUUGAUAUGAGAAGGUCCAGAAACGGGCUGUAGCGUUUAUGUCAUAAGGUACCUUUUCGAGAUCGAGCUUCGAGGCGUGUGGUGUAUUCCGCGUGUUGGUUUCUCCUGCUAAGUCGCGGCUAUGAAUUUGCACUGUAGUUCAUCGCAAUAGUACUGAGGAAAAUUGAAAUUGAAUACUUCUCAAGAAACGAACACUGUCCCUGUCAUUGCAGGACAGUGAUGAAGCAUAUGCAUGCUAAGUAAAGCUGAAUACUUAUGAACGCGGAUUAUGGUGCAACAUUUUCCAGCAACACACUCUGACUAUGUCUAUGCUGGGUCUAUGCUGGAUGUUGUUGACCAAUGAGAACGACUGAAUUCACCUUCUUGACGUUCCCACAUGUACAUUUCAUAUGCUUACCGAACGAAAUUAAUAGAGAACCUCCUUCUCAUUCCCUCAAUAUUCAUCUCCGAUGACCUUUUAUCGUGCGCACAAAAAUGUAUUUCUUUUUCUACCAAGACAUACAUCAAGAACUACAAGAAAGUAAAGGUGCCAUCUUCAUGGCUAUGGUGCGGCAAAAAUCCUUGCCCGACGUGUCAUGCAAAACCAAAGGCAAGAUAGACGGUCG